AUGAACAGUCUUAAGGAAAGAGGACGGUCUGUGCGCCUGCCCAGCGGCAGGACGCGGUUCCCGCGGGCCCGGCCGCUCCUUGGCGCGCUCCCGCGGCUGGCGGAGGUGACCUCUGCCCCAGUGAGGCGCGUGUCUCCCUGUCACGGGCCCCCCCGGCAGCACGUGCCGCUCCGGGGAUACGGGUUCAAGCGUCAUCCGCGAUCACCGCCCAGCCCCGCUGCAGCCGCGGGUGAAGAAGAGCGGGAACCCUCAGAGGUUGCAGCAGCCAGUGGUCACACUGUGGUGUUAGUAGACCAGUCAGAUGAAAUCCUUAAAAAGUCUGCAAAAGGAAUUGAAGAGAGUUUGAAGAGAGUGGCAAAGAAGAAAUUUGCAGACAAGCCUGAGGCUGGUGCUGAGUUCAUUGAGAAGACCUUAAAGAACCUCACAACAAGCACAGAUGCAGUAACAGUGGUCCACAGCACGGAUCUGGUGAUAGAAGCCAUUGUGGAAAACCAGGAAAUUAAAAAUGAACUCUUCAAGAGGCUGGAUAAGUUUGCUCCAGAGCAUACAAUAUUUGCAAGCAACACUUCAUCCUUGCAAAUCACACAGUUGGCUAAUUCAACCACCAGGCAGGACCGAUUUGGUGGUCUCCAUUUCUUUAAUCCUGUGCCUAUGAUGAAGCUUGUGGAGGUCAUCAAGACUCCAAUGACCAGCCAAAAGACUUUUGAAUCACUUAUGGAUUUCAGUAAAGCAGUAGGAAAGAGUCCUGUCACUUGUAAGGAUACUCCGGGAUUUAUUGUAAAUCGUCUCUUGGUGCCAUAUAUGAUGGAAGCUGUCCGACUUUUUGAGAGAGGAGAUGCAUCAAAGGAAGAUAUUGAUGUUGCUAUGAAGCUUGGGGCUGGCUAUCCCAUGGGUCCAUUUGAACUGCUGGACUAUGUUGGGUUGGAUACCAGUAAAUACAUUAUAGAUGGAUGGCAUUCAUUAGAACCAAACAAUCCUCUUUUUGCACCCAGCCCACUUCUGAACAAACUGGUAAAAGAGAAGAAGCUGGGUAAGAAGACUGGAGAAGGAUUUUACAAAUACAAGUGAACUCCAAACUUCGAGAAGUGUUGAACUACCUGUGUAUGCUAUUCUGCAUUGCCAUAUUACAGGUGAAUUCUGUUUAAACCUUCCCAAGGAUGGUACAAGCUGCAUUUAGAACAUAACCCACCUCUGAACUGAAUGAUUGCACUAGUUAACUAUUUCUCUGGUGAAAGCUUGAUUUGGAAGAUUACUUUUUUCUUGUAAUUCUGAAAAGCUCUAUAUGUGCAGUGCCUUUUUGCAAACGUUGAUUUUUAAGGUGCAGGACAGAAUGACAAGUGAAUGUAUGUAUUUGAAACAUUAUUGCAUUAACGGAAAAAAUCCUAAAAGUAACCACACUUUCUAAAAAAUAAAUUUUUCAGCAAUUCUGUA